GCGUGCUCUAUGGAAGCACUUUAUGGAAAAUUAAAUGUGUCGAUCUUGUGUACUACAAAAGUGCCGCCAGCGGUGAAAUCCUGUCCGUGAGUUCCCUCUCCAGGAGUUAUUCCUGAUAAUGUUGGCCCUUGUUUCGGUCACCUCUACAGUAACCUCCGCGAUGGUUUGGCAGCCAGUACCCCACAAGAACACCGCCGGCCAGUGACAGAUUUCAUCCUGACCGUUGUGAAAGCCUUCCACGAAACAUAUAUUCACGGCUAAUCUUCAUAAAUUAAGCUAUUGCAAUCUGGCUUUUAUUUCGCUAACGUUUGCAUUUAAUCCCACCUUUUUUCUAAUAACUAAAGUUUCGGGCGUGUUCUGCAAAACAGCCUUUGAUAGAGCAAUUCUGCGUUUGUGACACCGGUGCACCGUAAUACGACACGAUAUAUUGAAGAUUCAACCAAACAAACGUUAUUCUUACCAUGGCUAGCCGUCCAAAAAUUGUCGAGUGUGUUCCAAAUUUCAGCGAGGGCCAACGCCCUGAUGUGAUUAAAGCGAUUUCGGCGGCAAUUAGCACCACGCAAGGAUGCACCGUUCUCAACGUUGAUCCUGGAGCUUCUACCAACCGAACUGUAUACACAUUUGUCGGAUCACCAGAUGCCGUUAUUGAGGGCGCGUUAGCGGCUGCCAAAGCUGCGUUCUCUUUGAUUGAUAUGUCACGCCAUAGAGGAGAGCACGCCCGACUCGGAGCACUUGAUGUUUGCCCUUUCAUUCCUGUCCGAGGUGUAGAAAUGGAAGAGUGCGUGUACUGCGCGCGGAAGUUUGGUGAAAAACUGGCAGCUGAGCUUAAGGUUCCGGUGUUUCUCUAUGGCUAUGCUGCACGCCAAGAACACCGGCGCAUGGUGGCGCAAAUACGUGCAGGGGAGUAUGAGGGCCUCGCUGCAAAGCUGGAAAGGCCGGAGUGGCGACCUGAUUUUGGUCCGGCAGAGUUUGUUCCACAGUGGGGAGCAACAAUGGCAGGGGCGCGCAAAUUUCUUAUCGCGUAUAAUGUCAACCUAAUCUCAACAAAAGAACAAGCACAUAAAUUAGCACUGAAUAUUCGGGAAGAGGGUCGCGGAAUACAGCAGCCCGGACUAUUUAAGCGUGUCCAGGCCGUAGGCUGGUGGCUUGCUGAAAGAAACCUCGCGCAAGUUUCCUGUAAUGUUCUGGACAAUGACGUCACCGCAUUUCACCAGGUUUUCGAGGAGCUGACUCGCCAGGCGGCAGACAUGCGGCUUCCUGUCACGGGUUCAGAGAUUGUAGGUUUGGUACCACUAAAAGCUAUGCUAGACGCUGCCGACUUUUACAUCGAGAAGGAGAAGCUAUUCAUCCUUGAAGAAGACCAGAAGCUACAUCUUGUGAUCAAUCGUUUAGGUCUCAGUUCGAUCGCACCCUUCGACCCUCAGGAACGAAUCAUAGAGUAUAUGCUUAAGGAGGAUACAUCUAGGCUUCUGGUGCAUCUACCGGUGCGGGACUUUGUGCGCCGGGUCGGAGCUCGGACAGUAGCGCCUGGCGGAGGAUCCGUGGCUGCUCUUUGUGCGAGUAUCGGCGCUGCUCUAGCAGCCAUGGUCGGAAAGUUGUCGUUUGGACGCAAGGCGUGGGAACAUCUCGAUGAACCAAUGCGUCGUCUCAUUCCUGUUGUCCAUCGAGCUUCUGAAGAGUUAUUACCUCUCGUAGAUGCAGAUACCGACGCUUACAUGGCAAUCGUGGCAGCAAAUAGGCUUGGGGCAGCGACCCCCGAGGAAGCGCAGGUAAAAGAAGAAUCUGUGCAGGCAGCAGUAAAACAUGCAAUUCAUGUACCGCUUUCGGUAUGUCGCUUGGUUGACCGACUGUGGCCUACCCUCAAGGAACUGGCAUCUAUCUGCAACAUUGCUUCGAAGGCUGAUUUACAGGUAGGAGCCAAGGUCCUAGAAGCAGCUAUGUGCGGUGCGUACUACAAUGUGAUAACCAACUGUGAAGACCUCGUCGAUGAAACUACUCGUGAAAAGGUUAAAGCAGAGGCAGAGCGAUUACGAGCAAAUGCGCAGACCAUGAGUCACACCGUACUCGCUGCACUUGAACAAAGAGCUACGAAUGAGCUACGCCAGGUGUAGGAUUCGAAAGACAUCCCAACCAUGGCGGAUAGGCCAGUGACUAGCGCAUCAUCUGGAUUAGGAUGGCACUACACCAGCACUAGUAGGGGAACGGACUCGAAUGCCAGUAGUCCUUGGAUGUCGCCGACGAACAGACCAAGGAAAAACUGGACUUAUGGGCCACAUGCUGGCGGCUACACAUAGAAGCAAGGGUAAUAAAGGGUUGCCACGGUUUACACUCAUUCUCCGAAGAGCAUCAUAAUAACGUAACACUUAAGCUAUUGGCUUCACUACCUCGUCUGCAUACCAAAUGACUAAAUGUAAUUGUGGUUAGUUAAAUAACAUUUGAUUCCUAUUAAAAAGAGCUCCUAAAUGUGAAAGACUUCCUGAAAGGAAGGAGCACAUCUGCUCAAACGGUAGAAUAUUUCUGCAAUUGAGGCCUUUAAACUUAACAGCAUGAUAUGCGAUCAGAAUAGUCUGUUUCAAAUAAAUUUGAGCGCCAUAGAUGUUUGUGCUGCACCUUACCAUUCCAGAGUUUAGUAGCCAAAUCGAAUAUAAACCUCAUAAGUAACAAACAAGGUGUACAAAAACGAGCGCUAGAGUCCUGUGACAGCAAUAAUACAAAAGAGGAUAGGUAAAUGAUCAUGCGAUAUUAUAAAGAUUCAACAUUGACCCUCCUAUAAUUUUUGCGGCUUUUUACUGUAAGAUGCUGGACAGUUUGGUCUUCCGUUACGUUGAUAAAAAGCAUGUGCCAUGAUUAUAUACCUACAGCAACAAGAAUAUGCAAGAGAAGUUUUAUUACGUGGGUCUACCAUAGCAUAUUAAAAUAAGCAAGUCCCC